AUGCCCAAAUACCUUUCGAGCUGGAAGGGAGGAUGUGUUGGCCCGGCUUGGAAGCUGAGCUAUGUGACGCCUCUUAUAUGGGCCUUUUCUACCAUCACCUUGGUUCUGAUUCUCGCGUCGAUGAUCCGCGCUUGGUGGGAAGGGGAAAAAGAUGCGUACGGCACCGAGACAGAAAAUGUGCACCUACGCCCACACCAAAUUUCGGCAUCACCCCUUCUAGGCCCUGAAUCAGCACGAAGAAGUCCUGCUACGAACACAAAUGGCCAACAACGUGGUUCCCGGCGCAUCCCUUUUCUGUGCUCCGGUUUUGCGCACCGAACUUACCAAUCAAAGACCUUUCACGCGGUUACGACUUUCCUCUUCUUCUUAGCUCUCGGUAUCCAGCUCUCGCUCCUCUCCAUCAGCACAUCGCUAAACUACGUCUACGAUGAGUUACGAGUUGCGGUGAAGGUAAGACGGAGUGGCAGGAAGAAGGGUCGAGGGAGGGGAGGUCAGAAGGUAUUUCCCUGA